UCUAGUGCGGAAAAAAUUGAAUAAUACAAAGUAGAAUGUGUCAAGUUAUCCACUUUACGUGCUUGUCCUUGUGCAGUAGUGUUCGCGGAAAGUGAGCAAGUGAACAAAGGACGACGUGUGAAUAGCACCAACGUCCGCAUUAUGAUUACCUAAAGCGUUUCUAUUCCUGACUGAAAGGAUCGAAUCAUAUCAUAAUGUCACCGACACUCAACUCAGUCCUUCAUGCUUUGUGAUUUGUAGCGAGAAAUUUGAUCAAAGGGAAGAAGGAUAUUUGCCGGAAAUGUGAAUAUUAUUCUGCAAAAAUCUGAGAGUUAAAGAGUCCUUAACUCAUACCCAGUGGAUUAGGAUUAGUGAAAAUAUUUUGUAUUAUGUCAGCUUCCCUUUGUUCGUGUUAGUCCUGUUAAGUAGGAUAAGUUGGUGUCGAGUAGGGAGUGAGCACUUUAUUCUCCCUUAAGCAGUAGAUAAUGUAUAGUGAAUGUGCAUAGCGUGCUUGAUAUUUGCGUGUGACACAUCUGAACAAGAGGACGAGGCAGAUUUGCUGCAAGCGACCAGAUCAGGAUGGACGGGAUGAGUACGGAUAUGGACGUGGAUAUUGAAAUUGAUAUAAAGCUUUUAACGACCGGAUAUGAGGAUAGCACAGUAACAACGUAUUACAAUGAGACGCAGUGGCGAAACCCGCAGGACGAAUCGGACGACGACAGCGACACAUCAGCGCUUCCAUCGAUUUUAGUUGUCGGCAUCUUCCUAGCGAUAUUGAUAUUCUUAUCAGUAGCUGGUAAUAUACUCGUUUGCCUUGCAAUCUACACAGAACGAAGCUUGAGAAGAAUCGGGAACCUAUUUUUGGCCUCAUUAGCCAUCGCGGACUUAUUUGUUGCCUCAUUAGUAAUGACGUUCGCUGGAGUGAAUGAUUUGUUAGGUUAUUGGGUGUUCGGUGCCCAGUUUUGUGACACAUGGGUAGCUUUCGAUGUCAUGUGUUCAACUGCCUCUAUUUUAAACUUAUGCGCCAUAUCAAUGGAUCGAUAUAUACACAUCAAGGACCCGCUCCGAUACGGACGUUGGGUGACACGACGUGUUGCUGUCGGAACAAUUGCUGCAAUAUGGCUCCUGGCUGCAUUAGUGUCCUUUGUGCCAAUCUCGUUUGGCCUGCAUAGACCCGAGCAGCCACUCAUCUUCGAGGAUAAUGGCAAGAAGUAUCCUACGUGCGCCCUGGAUCUCACGCCUACCUAUGCCAUUGUUUCCAGCUGUAUAAGCUUUUAUUUUCCGUGUAUUGUGAUGAUCGGCAUAUAUUGCAGGCUCUACUGUUACGCCCAAAAGCACGUACGAUCAAUACGGGCGGUAACAAAAACCGGCGAAAUUACCGAAAAACAACGCUACAAAAGCAUACGUCGUCCUAAAAAUCAGAAAAAAUUCAAAGUGCGCCAUUUGCAUCAUUCGUCCCCAUAUCAUGUAUCGGACCAUAAAGCCGCCAUCACGGUGGGCGUUAUAAUGGGUGUCUUCCUAAUUUGUUGGGUGCCGUUCUUCUGUGUAAAUAUCGUUGCGGCAUUUUGUAAAACUUGCAUAGGCGGACAAACAUUUAAAAUUCUGUCAUGGCUGGGUUACUCCAAUUCAGCGUUCAAUCCAAUUAUCUACUCGAUAUUCAAUAAGGAGUUUCGGGAUGCCUUCAAACGCAUCCUGACCACAAGGAAUACAUGGUGCUGUUCGCAGGAACUUGGUAAUAUACAUCCUAGGAAUAGUGAUCGGUAUGUAACGGACUAUGCUGCCAAGAAUGUGGUCAUGAAUUCUGGCCGUUCGUCGGCCGACCUGGAGCAAGUAUCUGCGAUAUGACCACAUCGUUCCAGUAGCUGCUUAUCCUUGACAUGUGAUGAUAAUUUUUAAGAAAUAACAGGAAAUGGAUUUGAUUUGCCACAAAUGCGGU